AUGGAGAAGAGUGCUAAUUCUGAGACUUGCAUAGGGGCAGACUUAGAGACCUCUUCAGUUCUUCUGGAAAUCUCCUGUAUGCGAAGAAAGAAAUUCUCUAUUUUGUUUUUCUUUGUCGAUAAAGAGUUUAAGAAACGAAAUUAUCCACAGCAGAUUAUACAAGAAAGAAGAUUUGUAGAAGCAGUAAAUCGUGAAGCUUAUCAGUAUCAAAUGGGUGACUUUCCAACGGAAUGGGAAGCAUGGAUAAGGAAAAAAAGAAAGGAUCCACCCACUAUUGAGGAGAUCCUUAGGAAUGAAAAUUAUAGAGAAGAAAUGAAACAGAAAAUCCAAGAUGUAUAUGAAAAGGAUAAGCUGCUUCAGGCCAAGGAGUACAAGGAAGGACUUAUUGCUGAACCAGCUCAUACUCAGGUUAAAGGCCAUGCAUCUGCCCCUUACUACGGGAAGCAGGAGCCCUCGGAGGAUCCCACAAGCACUGCAAACACCUUCCAGCCAGGAGCCUGGAUGCCACCGGGCAGUGGUAGUGGUGGUAGUCAAAAGAAAUAA